ACUCUUUAGUCAAAGUCUGGAUGAGCAGAAGUCAAAAUCGAACACAUAAGUUCUUACGCUAUCCAUCGUUUUUUCCUUCAUCGUUUCUCGACACUUCCCCAUCAAAACAUGUCUCGUAUUUUCCAUUAUCUGGAAGCCAUGCUCUUGAUUUUGAUCUCAAUUUCUGUGUUUACGACGGUUUCCUCCCGCCCUAUCGCCACCGGUCCAGAAGGUAACGUUGCCGCGACGUCAGUGAUAUUAAAGAGCUCCGAUGGAGAGAAAUUCGAUGUGAAAUUACAGGUGGCGCUACAAUCGGAGGCGAUUAAGCAAAUGAUCAUCGACGGAGGGUUCUCCAGUAAGAUCGAAUUGUCUUUCCCUAAUAUAACCGGUGAGAUCAUGGCCAAGGUCUUGGACUACUGUCACAAACACGUGUAUUACGACGGCGCCGGAAAUAAUCUCACCGCCGUGGAGGAAAUGAAAGUGUUUGAUACACAGUUCGUGGAUGUUCAUUACGAAACGCUCUUCAAACUUGUUCUGGCAUCGAAUGAGUUAAAGAUCAAAAGUUUAUUGGAUCUUGUUAGUGGAAGAAUAGCCAUUAUGAUUAAAGGGAAGGAAGUUGAAGAGAUACGUGAAAUGUUUAACAUCAAACAAGGGUCAUGUGUUGAUCAUUUCACAAAACAAGACAGUGUUCGAGAAAAUGGUUGGGCAUUUGGGUCAUCAUAGACAGGUACCGAUGCAAGGAGAAAGGAAGAUGGAGCUUGUUCAAGACUUAUCUUUCAUUUUGAUUUAUGCUUUAGUGUUUAUCAAAAUUUGACAGAACAUAUUUGUAUAAUAAUUAUAUUAUUAAUGAAAUGGAUGAUGUUGUUGCUUGUUUACUA